GGCUUUUCAUUUUAACCCCGGGAUAUUUUAUUGUUGUGCAGCUGCGGGGAUGGAAUGUUUUGUUUAUACUAGCUAUGUUUGUGUGUUACUGAAUUUGUCUCGAAGUUACAAUUACUUAUUUCAUAUCGAUUUGACAGUUUGACUUUGCUGACUUGGGGCUUGAGUCGUAACCAACUGGCUAGCCGCUGCCACAUCUAAGGGCAGCCAAGAUGAUCGAGGUGGUGGCCUCUAUGGCGCGAGGCCCGGUGUUCCUGGCCGGGGAGAUGAUGGAGUGUCUCAUCACCUUCACCAACCCCAUGUCUCACCUCUCCACCUCCGCCAGCAGUGAGAUGCUGGCGUGGGCCAGUGCCCAGAUCCACUGUCAGUUCCAUGGCAGUGAGAGCAGAGUGGCCCUGCCAGCCCAGGGCACCAAACAGGAUGUCCAGGCAGAGAGUGACACAGUCCUCAUCCCCAGCAGAGGAGAGCGAGGGCAGUGCAUGCUGGACACCCCUCCCAAGAUACUAUUCUGUGACCUGUGUCUGGACCCUGGAGAGAGCAAAACCUACUCGUACAGUGAGGUGGUGCCCAACCAUGGCCCCCCUAGUUUCCGUGGCCAGUCAGUGAAGUAUGUCUAUAAGCUGACCAUCGGGUGCCAGAGGGUCAACUCCCCCAUCAAACUCCUGCGGGUCCCCUUCAGAGUCCUCGUCUUGCACGGCAUGCCGGAGCCCCCGUUCCACCAGGACGAGGAGGUGACUCCCUCUAACCCCUUCCUAGAGGAGGAGGAGGGUGGCCGCAGAGACGCCAGACCCCUGGAGAUGGCCCUGGACAUGUUGAUGAUCUCCACCUCGCGCCGCUGUCCCCAUCUGUUCAACAUCACCAACAUGCGUGGGAAGGUGGCCAAGUUUUGCAUCUUCAAGACUGUCUACAGACUAGGGGAGGAUAUCAUUGGCACCUUCAACUUCUCAGAGGGGGACAUUCCCUGUAUACAGUAUUCGGUCAGCCUGCAGAGUGAGGAGGAGAUCCAGCAGGGGUACCAGAGGCAUCCCGAUCAGUCGAUCAGUGUGACGGGUCACGGUCGUCACCUAGAGUCCUGCCUCCACACGGCCUCCAGCCACUUCUCCCUCCCUGUCCCCCUCAACGUUACCCCCGGCUUCAGCACAGAUAUCGUGACCCUGCGAUGGCGUCUGCACUUUGAGUUUGUCACAUCCCGAGAGCCCAUGGAACCGCCUACCGUGCUGCAGAACCAAUCAGAGGUCACUUUGUGGACGGGGGCGGAGCAUGUUGACGUGGAUACGUUCAGUUGGAACCUGCCAAUCAAAGUGCUCCCCACCAAUCCCGCCCUGACGUCCUACGUCUCCCAGUUCACAGGGACCAACAGCAUCAACAUUUGAGCGUGUGCGCGUGAGGAGUGAAGGAGGGUUAUAUUUGCACGAAUGGUGAUGUAAAGCAGGCAACUAUUUUUUUGUGUUUGAUAUUUUAACAUAUUAUGCAGUGCAUCCUAUAAUUUUGGGGGGAUUGCCUCCUUCCUUUUUUUAUAUAGCUAAAAGAUGAUGACAACCAAUGUAAUAUGCUACUGUCUGUCUGUGGGGUCAUUUACAUUUCUGUAUUAAUUUUUUAUCCCUUCAUUCAAAACCCCCCCAAAAUACAGUCCAUAGAUUUGUCACGACAUUUAUUGGUAUUUCAUAUUCAAGAGCUUUGUGCUCUACAACGGUUGUAUUCUAUUGUAUUUUUUCAUUGUGAACGAAAGACGGUUCAACGAUGUGAAUCAUGAAUAAAAAAAGUGGGUUUUGA